AUGGAGCAACCAGUGCAGAAGUGCCUCCGUCUGCUUGCUCCAGUGAGGGGAUUGGAGUGCGGACUACUGCGAGCAGCCAAGCAAUGGAAAAAAAUGAGGAGAGCCCGAGGUGACAUGGACCCCGGAGAGCCCGAGGUGGUGAGCACAGUACCGCUCUACAACUUUGACGGCAAGAUCAUCUGCAACCUCGCGGCUGACACGUGGCCUCUUGACAUCAGUCGACUCAAAAGUCACCCUGUGCAUCUCAUACGUGCUGUCUUGUGCCCCGUGUGCCUGUAUCUCUUCUACUCACAGCGACGAGACGUGGGUGCUGCUGCUGCCGAAGCUGACCGUGGAGCUGCCAUCGCAGCCCUCCCUGCCACGUCCCCUUCACGCAGUGCAUCUUUCACGUGCGUGCCUGCAUCCCGUCUCGUCCUUCCCUUCCCCUGCAUCCCUUCUCCUCUCAGGGACGAGACGUGGGUGCUGCUGCCGAAGCUGACCCCGCGAGUGGAGCUGCCUUCGCUGCCCUCCCUGCCGCACUUCCGAGUGUACCCCGAGCGCAGCUCCUCCUCUGUGGACGUCAACAAUUGGGAGCAGCUCGUGCACGUGCUCAGGACACAUGGACGGGGGAUAGGUACACGUGUGCCGUGGUUGAAUCACUUCCGAGUGUACCCUGAGAGGAGCUCCUCGUCUGUGGAUGUCAACAACUGGGAGCAGCUUGUUCAUGUGCUCAGGGCGCAUGGCAGGGUGGGUGGGUGUGUGUUAGAAGGAGUAGGGUGGGGCUCAUCACAUCAGCGCAAGGGCAGUACCAGUCCGGCCUCCUCCCCAUCGCCACCCCAUGCACCUCCAUCUCAACCCACCCUCCUCCACUUCGACUGUCCCUCAAGCCCCCUCUUUUCUGUCUUCCCUCCCUUUUUUUCCUCUUUUCCCCUGCUCCUCCUGCCCCCGUUUAUCGCCCGUCAGGUGGGGCUCAUCACAUCAGCGAGAGGCCAGUACCAGUUCGGCCUGCUCCCCAUCGCCACCCCUUCCGCCACCACCUCUACCUCCCCUCUCCCACCCCCUCCCGCCUUCUCCGCCCCUCCACACCCCUCUCCAACUCUCCCCACCGGUUUCUCCUCUGCCCGGGCGUACUACGCGCCGCUGCCAGCUGGCAUCCCCCGCCGCGCCCCGCGCUUCCCUGCGGUGCUCCCGGGGCUGCUGCCGCCGCAGCAAUCAAGACCUGCGCACACGGCACCUGGACAGAUGGCACCUGGUCAGAUGGCACCUGGUCAGAUGGCACCUGGUCAGCAGCACAGUCAGGUGCUCCAGAGACAGGCGCAUUCUCAGAUGGCACCUGGACAGAUGGCACCUGGACAGGUGCUACAUGGACAGGCGCAUUCUCAGGUGGCACCUGGACAGGCACAAGCUCAGGUGGCAAACGGUCAGGCGCAUCUAGGACAGGUGCCACCUGGGCAGGCACACUCGCACGUGCCAUCAGCUCCGCCCCCUACUCGAGCAGCCUCACCACGUUCAGUUGCACAGGCGCAGAGCCUUCCGGGCCUCACUGCUGCAGGAUCUUUCUCCUCUCGCACUGCUGCCUCCGCCCCUGCCGCUCCAGUAUCCACGUCAGCACCUCCAUUGUCCACGUCAGCAUCUCCAGUAUCCACGUCAACACCUCCAUUGUCCACGUCAGCAUGUGCAACCCCCACAUCAGCAUUCUCUUUCAAAGGUGCACUUCCUCCUCCUCCCACGCUUCCACCCCCUCCUCCCCACCCUCCUUUAGCUCCUGCUCCUGCUCCUCCUCCUCCUCUUCCAUCUGCUUCCCCAAUGGCCCCUCCACCUGCUCGCCCCUCUCCCCCGCCGCCUCCCCCUUCCCUUCCCCCUACCCGUGCGCCUGGGCCCGGCAUGCAUCCGCAGUACCUGGCGUCCCUGGCGCACACGCACCAGCAGUGGGUGUUUGGGGGCCUGGCGGAGCUCAUUGAUAACUCCAUGGACGCCAAGGCACGCAGGCUGGACAUUUUCAUCAGCACGGCCAAGCUCCCCCCAAGAGCAUCCGCGGCAGCAGCAGCAGCAACAGCAGUCCCCGCAGCAUCACCCUCAGCCGCAGCACCGUUACCCUCCUCCUCCUUCACUCGCCCCUCCGCCGCUGUGUCAAGUGAGGCGGUGCCAGUGCUGCACGUGUGUGACGAUGGCAAGGGCAUGGACCACGGCGAGUUGGUUCAGAUGCUGUCGCUGGGCCAUGACAUUCCAACAGAGGAGGACCCCCACCACAUCGGCCGAUUUGUCGACUCAACGGUCACCUUGCUGUCGCUGGGCCAUGACAUCCCCGCAGAGGAGGACCCCCACCACAUCGGCCGAUUCGGCGUCGGCUUCAAGACGGGCACCAUGCGCAUAGGAAACGAUGCCUUGGUACUAACCCAGUCAACAGACAGCCGCAGCAUUGCGCUGCUCUCCCGCUCGCUCAACCAGGGCCGGCAGGAGCUGGAGAUCCCCAUCGUGACGUACAAGCAGGUGGUAUCUGGGGGAGGUGCAUCUGCAGCAGGGGGAGGUGGAUCUGCAGGGGGAGGUGGAUCUGCAGCAGGGGGAGGUGGAUCUGUAGGGGGAGGUGGGACUGCUGAGUGGCAGCUGGACCUGGGGGUGCAUUCAGAGGAGGAGGCGGAGAGGCGCAAGCGAGCAAUCUUUGACUUCUCGCCUCUGGACGAGAGAAAGAUAAACCAGGAGUUCCGCAAGCUGGAGCAAGCAUGUGUUACUAGUGACUCACCCCCCACGGGCACACGCAUCUACGUGUUCAACCUCAAGCGCCUGUCCCGCCCCAUCUGUGAACAGUUGGAGCAAGCAAGAAGCAGCAGUGACGCCCCCCCCACGGGCACGCGCAUCUACGUGUUCAACCUGAAGCGCCUGUCCCGCCCCAUAUGCUCACAGCGACCCAGUCUUGCUCCCGCUUCCCGCAAUCCCCCCCGCAGGCUGGAGCUCUCAAGUGGGACCAGUGACUCCCCCCCCACGGGCACGCGCAUCUACGUGUUCAACCUCAAGCGCCUGUCGCGUCCAGAUGCAGCGUACGAGCUCGAGUGGGACGACGACGCCCACGACAUCCUCAUCCGCACCCGGCGCCCCCGCUCCCGCCCCAACCAGCUCUGCCAAGACGUGACCCUUGAACCGUCCCCCUUGUCUCUUCUCGCCCCAUCCACCAGCUCCUCCUCCUCCACCAUUGAGGCGCCUCAAGAGUCUGCCUGUUUCACCCACUCGCCCGCCACCAUCACAGUGCAAAGCCACGCAGUGCAGGGCAGAUAUUUCCCCAGUGCCCAUCGACUACUCCCUGCUAUUUGGGAAUCACUUUUGAGAAUUCUCAAAAAUGCCUUACAGGUGCCCAUAGACUACUCCCUGCGCGCCAACGUGCGGGUACCAAUAGACUACUCCCUACGAGCCUACCUGCGAGUCAUGUUUCUGCACAACCCCGCCACCAUCUCAGUGCAAGGCCGCGCCGUGCAAGGCAGCGCUGACAUCGCGGAGAACCUCUCCCAACCGUUCUCCACCACGGGGACCGUCAUGGGGCAGCCGGUGCAAGUGCGGAUGGGCAUGGACGAAGGCGAGAGGGCGUGUGGGCGUUGCGGGUUCUUCCUGUACUGGCACGGGCGGUUAAUUGAAGCUUAUAAGCGGGUCGGACGGAUGGAAUACUCGGGAGAUGCUGGGCUGGGGGUGGUUGGCGUUGUCGAUACCACCGCUCUCUUUGAUGUAGCCGGAGAGCUGGGGGUGCUGAACUGCAAGCAGCGGUUUGCAGAGGGAGAGGAGUAUCAACGGCUCAAAGACUUCCUGUCUGUCACCUUCAACCAGUACUGGGAGGACAACUUUGAUAAAGACCUCCCCACUGCGAACAUACCAGAGGGGGCAAUCCUGCAGGACCACAAAGAGUGGGUGCAAUGCGAGAAGUGCGAGCAGUGGCACAUUCUGCCGCCCCAUGUCACCAUGGAGUCGCUGCCAGUGAACUGGUUUUGCUACAUGGACCCUAUACGAGGCAAGUGCAACGACCCCAAUUAUGUUGAACCAGCUCCUAACGAGGCGCAUAUAGUGCUGCUGCUGGGCCAAGCAGGGUUGGAGCUAGAGAGGCGAGUGGGGGAGUGGGGGCAGGGGGGGCAGGGGAGGGACGAGGGGGAGGGGUCGGGGAGCAAGGGGGAGCAAGAUUGGGGAGAGGAAGUGGGCUGGGAGGAGCCGGGGCAGCAGGUUUGGAUGAGAGCAAGAAGAGGAAGCUGGGAGGGGGCAGUGGCAUGGCAGGUGGCAGUGGUGUGCCUGAGAGGGGUGGGACAGGUGGCAGUAGCACACAUGUGA